CCUUUAUCUCCAAUGUCUCACACGCAACCAUCCAGUGGGACACCUUUAUCUCCAAUGUCUCACACGCAACCAUCGAGUGAGACACCUUUAUCUCCAAUGUCUCAACAGCCUAAUUUGACACAUGAGGAGACAAUGAUUGAAUCAGCUGCAUCUCCAAAGUCUCAACAAAAUGAGGAUUACACGCAAUCAUCGAGUGAGACGCCUUUAUCUCCAAUGUCUCAACAGCCUAAUUUGACAAAUGAGGACACAAUGAAUGAAUCAGAUGAUGAAACUCCUGCCCUUGAUACUCAAGUAUUCUCUCCUAAUCUGACAAAAGAGAAAGAAACAGAAACGUCUACCGGUGAGAGGCCAUCCAAUCCUAAUCAAGAUGGAAAACCAGAUGAUGAGAUUGUGAGAGAGAAAUUAACAAGUGAGUCACCUGCUAGUCAGAGUCAAGUUUUGCAGAAAGAAACAGUAGAAAUGAAUGAGACACCUUCUUCUCCAAUAGCUCCAAAGAGUAUUGAAACUCCCGUUUAUACUCCAAGUCAGACUCAGCAGAUUGAGAGAGAGCCAUCGGAUGACACGCCUGCCCUUGAUACUCAAGUUUUUACUCCUAAUCUGACAAAAGAGAGGGAAACACAAACCUCUACUGAUGAAACGCCACCCAAAACUAAUCAAGGAGAAGGAAAACCAGAUGAUGAGAUUGUGAUUGAGUCACCUGCUGCUCAGACUCAAGUUUUGCAAAAAGAAACACUGGAAAUGAAUGAGACACCUUCUUCUCCAAUAUCUCCAAAGAGUAUUGAGGCUCAAGUUUUUACUCCAAUUCAGAAACAGCAGACGGUAACAGAGGAAACGUAUGAGGCUACACAGCCAUUGACUGAGAUCAUUUCAGCAAACAAUAAAAAGGAGGAUACACAUGCUGUGCAUUACAGACCUUCCUCUCCAUUGUCUUCACUAAUUGCACUAGUUAUUGAAGAAAAUAAGAAUGCUUUGAGUGAGACAGAAACUGCGACCCAAUAUUUUUCUACAAGUGAAGGAGAGCAUUCACAAUCAAGCAGAAAGAAUCAAGCGGAAGAAUAUCUCAAGGAUACUACAGAACCUACUACUGAGCUAGUUUCCACAGAUGUUUCGAAGACACAGCCUCUUACUCCGCAAACACAGCACCUUCAGACAAGUGAGGGAGAUCAAUCCGAUGAGACACCAUCAGAGCAGAAUCAAGCAGAAGAAAAUCUCAAGGAUACUACAGAACCUACUACUGAGCUAGUUUCCACAUAUGUUUCGAAGAUGCCGCCUAUUACUCAGCAAACAGAGCAUCUUCAGACAAGUGCUAUAGAUUUUUCAGAAAAAAACGAGGUUGAAGUAAGCAGGCUUCUAGCUCACUUUCAAAUAGGCGCAGAGGUUGAAAUUUUGUCUACUGAUGACGAAAUAUGGUAUCCAGGAAAGGUUGUUGAUCUUAAACUGUGUGAAGGACUAGAGGAGCUGACAGUUGAGUACACGACACUCUUCACAGACCAACAUAGACUUCAGAAACUUCAGGAUACUAUCACGGCUGACAAAAUACGUCCUGCAACACCAACUAGUGACCAAAAAUCCUUUGAGAUGAUGGAUAAGGUAGAAGCCUUCUACAACAAUGGCUGGAGCAGCGGACAAAUUAGCAUGGUACUUGGUGAUAACACAUACUCGGUGUGUCUCUAUACUUCUAUGGAAACUAUUCUAUUCAAACAUUCAGAUUUGCGAAUUCAUAGAGAAUGGAAAGAUGGAGUCUGGAAGAUGGCAGAUAAGGUGAAGCCUGAUAAGAAAAGGAAAGCUGCUGCCUCAUCACAAAAUUCAGGAAUGGAUAAUGUUUUCCUAAGAAGGAGCGAGAGGGUGCCUAAACGAUCUAGAGACACAAAAACUCCAUUCAAGUCUGACAGAAAUCCGGCUUUAACUGUAAUACCUGAGAUUAUACCUGCAGUUGAUCCGUUUUCAACUCCUGCGGAACAUAAGCUUUCAAGGCUUCAAAAUUGGAUGACAUUAAAGCCCGGCAUGCAUGAAACGUCCCUAUCAAUCAAUGAUAAUAAGAUAAGGAAAUCUUUCUUUCAAAGCAUGGAAAAUGCAAAAAAGGACCUUAAGAAAGAGCACAUUGAUGGAGCCUUUGCAAUGCUAAAUUGCAGAAGAAAUGAGAAUGCUGCUUGGUUCCACAACUACAAGAUUCCAAAGGCGUGCUUCCUACCUAUGGAGUUCUUGCAUUGCUUGCUCUCUGAUGAUUUGGCUUACAAGAAAGAAAAGGUCAAAGGUAAAAAGAUUUUCAACGAUUUAUUUAAAGAUACUGUGAGAGGGAAGGUAUAUCCAGAGAAGACAUGGGGAGAAGAUGUUGAUGUUGUGUAUGGGAUUACUCUUGGAAAAAAAAGCAAUGUCUGGAUUGGGAUGGAAAUUCAUUUGAAGAAGAAAAGAAUCACAGUAUAUGAUUGUUUUCAAAAGGAAAGCAACAGCAUUGAUAUUCCUCAAGUGAAAAAGUUGGCAGUGUUGAUUUCUAAUCUGCUGGUGGAAUCUUCUGGUGAUGAGGUAGAUAAGGUGAAGAUGAUUCCAUUUGAGAUUGAGCAGGCACAAGGUUUACCCAAGACAAAACAUCCUUUCAACUGUGGGAUAUUUCUUGUCAAGAUUCUGGAGUGCCAGUCAUUGAAGAUAGGAGACAUGACAAAGAUUAAUGAUGACAAUGCAUUGGAGCUAAGGAGAACCUUGUCUUGUGAGAUCUUCAACCAAUUUGUGGAUGAGAGCUUUGGGAAAUGAGAAUGAUGCAUGAAAACAUUUUUUGUUUUAGUUAAGACUCGGUUUUAGUUAUGACUGUUUAUUUUGUUAUGUUGUUGGCGUCUGGUUACAUAAGAAAGAUUGGAAGGAUAUCAAGUAUUUUAUUUGGGUAUCAUAUAUCUUGGAAGGUUAAAAUA